AUGGCAGGCCGCUGGCUCAAGUCCAUGAACUGGAAGUCCGAUGAUGAGCCAGAUGCAAGGGGUGACCAAGCCCCACUUGGGAUGGACAGCUUCCAGGACACGGGGGCUCCAGUCCGUUGGCGCUACUGCCCUGCCCUCCUCAGGUUGUUCCCCGUGGGCUUUGGAGUGGAGGCACGGAAGCUCUUUGUCCUUGCUGGACCCUUGUUCCUGUUCCAGGUGCUGACCUUCCUGAUCUAUGUGGUGAGUUCGGUAUUCUGCGGGCACCUGGGCAAGGUGGAGUUGGCAUCGGUGACCCUUGCAGUGGCUUUUGUCAAUGUUUGUGGAGUUUCCGUGGGAUUCGGCUUGGCCUCGGCAUGUGACACCUUGAUGUCCCAGAGCUUUGGCAGCCACAACAAGACGAACGUGGGCGUCAUCCUGCAGAGAGGCACGCUCAUCUUGCUUCUCUCCUGCUUCCCCUGCUGGGCGCUCUUCCUGAACACUGAACAGCUCUUGCUGCUCCUCCGGCAGGACCGGGCCGUGUCCAGAUUAACCCAGGACUACGUGACUAUUUUCAUCCCAGCACUUCCCGCAAUUUUUCUCUACUGCCUGAUGGCAAAAUAUUUGCAGAACCAGGGGAUCAUCUGGCCGGAAGUCCUCAGCGGCAUUGUGGGGAACUGUGUCAAUGCCUUGGCCAACUACACCCUAGUUUCUGUGCUGAAUUUGGGGGUCAGAGGUUCUGCUUAUGCCAACACCAUCUCUCAGUUCCUGCAGACCAUCUUCCUCUUCCUCUAUAUUGUGCUCAAGAAGCUGCACUUGGAAACAUGGGCAGGCUGGUCCAGCCAGUGCCUGCAGGAGUGGGGUCCUUUCUUCUCUCUGGCUGUCCCCAGCAUGUUCAUGAUGUGCAUCGAGUGGUGGGCCUACGAGAUCGGCAGCCUCCUCAUGGGCCUACUCAGCGUGUUAGACCUCUCUGCCCAGGCCAUCAUAUACGAGGUGUCCACAGUGACAUACAUGAUUCCCAUGGGGCUCAGCAUCGCGGUCUGUGUCCGCGUGGGGACAGCUCUGGGAGCCGCAGACACUGAGCAAGCAAGGCGGUCGGCCAUCUCAGGAGUGUUGUGUACAGUUGGCAUUUCCCUGGUCGUGGGCACCCUGUUGAGCAUCCUGAAAAAUAAACUGGGGCAUGUUUUUACCAAUGAUGAAGAAGUCAUCACCCUGGUGAACCAGAUCUUGCCGAUUUACAUCAUCUUUCAUCUCUUCGAAGCCCUCUGUGUGAGUACUGCUCUCAUCCAAAGCCUGAUAUUACAUGUGCAUGAGUCUCUGUCCACCCUCCCUGAGACCUCUGAGAGGUUUUAUGAUGGUUGA